CAGAACAAUAUGCAAUAUGCUCCUCGUCCGUGCAGUUACAACCUGCAUUUUCUUAGGAACUUGUUUCCUCAACGUACAAGUGCAGACUUCCCCGGCGACGACAGCUAGCAGACCAUGGUGGUUUGUUGAGUACAGCGAUGACGGCAAUGCGAUCGGGAAAAAUGGGAAGAUUUUCACCGAGUCAAAACCGCCAGUUAGGUAUAAAACUGGUGGUCUUGUCAUCGGAUUCUCUACCUUUGGGUUUCUGAUCGUUAUGAUUUGCAUCGGUUGGUUCUGUUGCACGAGAAACAUCAACACCUCUCACCGAGCAGACGACAAAGAAGACGAAGAGGAGAAACCCAAAACUAUAACAUCCUGUCCAGUGACUGGAAAACCUCACGGAAUCAAGUACAUUGCUUAGAAAUGGGAUUACAAAUCACUUGAUUUUCACAAAAUUUAUUUGACAUAGGAAUGGAAGCUAGCUAGUACAUGUUGAGGUUAGACAUAUCAGUCAUUUCUCACUCAUUUCAUUUUAGGUGGAUAUG